AAAAUAAUCACAAAAUUCUUGUUCUCUGUUUUUAUUAGGCUCAUUUUUAUUUUUUUUCAUAAUUCUGGUAGAAGGAAGACUCAAGUCUUUCCAGGAAAAAGAGAGAGGGAUCGACUGGGGUGAUUUAUUGGAAAACCAGGGGUAGCUUGAUAUAUAGAAGUCCACCUCCAUUUCCUAUAUCUAUUCAGAGCAGAAGCCAAUCUUCUUCAUCACCUUCUCUUUUGCAACAAAAUUUCCACUGAAGCAACAAGGAGUUAUGGAUCUAGAGCAGGAGGAAAUGCAGUUUCUAGGGAUCUUUGGGAUCUACAAGGAGGCUUACAAGAUCAUCUUCUCAUGGAAGAAGAUUUUCAGCCAAAUCACCGUUGCCCUGAUCCUUCCACUGUGCUUCAUCUUCCUAGCUUAUAUUGAAGUAUCCGACUAUCUCUUCCAGAAAAUCGUCAUCCAUGAAUUCGAAUUGGAUGGAACCCGAGUAGAUUCUGCAAAAUACAACAAAAUAUCGGAUCUUCUCUCGAGCGAAUUGAUCGCUUUUUGGCUUUUGAAGUUGGCAUAUCUAGUCUUUACACUCAUCUUCUCUCUCCUGUCAACAUCUGCUGUAGUUUACACCAUCGCUUGCAUCUACACCGGCCGAGAAGUGACUUUUAAGAAGGUGAUGAGUGUGGUCCCCAGGGUCUGGAAAAGGCUCAUGGUCACCUUCUUGUCUAUCUUUGUUGCUGUCUUCGCUUACAACAUAUUUGCAGUACUAAUUCUAAUUUUAUGGGCACUGUGUAUUGGACCUGUCAAGAUUGGUAUCUGGAUCUUGUGGGUUAUGUUCAUCUUGUACUUGGUUGGGCUCUCGUAUAUGAGCAUAAUUUGGCAAUUGGCUAGCGUGGUAUCGGUGUUGGAAGACUUGUAUGGGUUUCGAGCCAUGGUGAAGAGUAGAGCACUGAUAAGAGGUAAGCUUGUGGUGGCAAUUGUCAUCUUCCUUAAGCUAAAUAUUUCACUGUUUGUCAUAAAGAUAGCAUUUGAGAGGCUGGUGGUGUAUGGGGUCUCACUGGGUAUGGCCAAUAGGGUAGGGUAUGCGAUUUUGUGUUUCUUAUUACUUUUCAAGCUGUUUCUCUUUGGACUAGUCCUCCAAACGAUUAUCUACUUUGUGUGCAAGUCCUACCACCAUGAAAACAUUGACAAGUCAGCCCUAUCUGAUCACCUCGAAGUUUACAUGGGAGAAUAUGUUCCUUUGAAGGCGAAGGAUGUUCAGCUAGAGCAAUAUGGCGUUUGAUCCCUUUUCUGGAUUUUUUUUUUUUUUGUUUUUCUUUUCUCUUUUAAUAGAAGUUGUUGUAAUAUUUGUUCUUCCAUAUUUGUGAGAUGGAGAUUGUGAUAAUUAAUGAAAUAGCAGAUAUGAAGUUAAUUCCAAGAAUAAGCAUAAGAAAAUUCUUCCUUUUC